GAGCUGGACCGCUCCUGGCCUGCAGCCCUCUGCAUCCUCCGCCUCCCGCCUCCCUCCUGGGUCCCAGUGCAAGUGUGGGUCGCAUGUAUCUUUGGGGACAUGUUUGCAUAGUCCUUUCUAGGUAGAAGCUGUGUGAUGCAUGGACCUUGAGUUUGCUCAAGCAAGUCAAACUCAUCUAACGUAAGCUGGGCUAUUUCUCAGGACUGGGAUGGAAGAGUCAGCACCAGCAGAAACCCAGAGCCAGCUCCCAAGCCCCCACCAUGGCUCACUGAGGAGGGCAGUGGCUGCUGCGCUGGCCCUGGAUGGCGAGUCCACAAUGGGCCGCAGGAAGAAGAAGAGGAAAGAGUCUCGCCCAGAGUCCAUCAUCAUCUACCGGUCAGAUAAUGAGAAGAUGGACGAAGAGCCUGAAGAGUCAGAAGGUGGAGAUCGGCCUAAAGAGGAGGAAGGGGAGGAUUUCCUGGACUACCCUGUAGAUGACGGUGUGUGGAAUAUGCCUUCGGACAGCCGCUACGUCACGCUAACGGGGACCAUCACGCGCGGGAAGAAAAAGGGUCAGAUGGUGGAUAUCCAUGUCACCUUGACAGAGAAGGAGCUGCAGGAACUGACCAAACCUAAAGGGCUGUCCCAGGAAGUAGCCCCUGAGGGAAGAAGGGCCUGCCAGGUGGGGGCAGACCAGGGUCCACACGUGGUUCUCUGGACGCUGGUCUGCCUGCCUGUGGUCUUCGUCCUUUCUUUUGUAGUGUCGUUCUACUAUGGCACUAUCACCUGGUACAACAUCUUCCUUGUGUACAACGAGGAGAGGACCUUCUGGCAUAAGAUUUCCUACUGCCCCUGCCUCAUUCUCCUCUACCCGGUGCUCAUCAUGGCCAUGGCCUCCUCCCUGGGGCUCUAUGCCGCUGUGGUUCAGCUCUCGUGGUCCUGGGGAGCGUGGUGGCGAGCUGCCUGUGACAUGGAGAAAGGCUUCUGCGGCUGGCUCUGCAGCAAGCUGGGCCUGGAGGACUGCUCUCCCUACAGCAUCGUGGAACUGCUGGAGUCUGACAAUACCUCAGGCAAUCUCUCCAACAAGGACCCUAUCCAGGGAGUAGAAACCUCCACUGUCUAAACCACCGGUGACUUCUUUCCCAGGCCCUAGUAGUCAAUAGUCAUUCUACAGUUCUAGCAGGUUCUUUCCUUAAACCAUCCAAUACCCUUUACAGUCCUGGAAAAUCCUGGCUCACAUUGGUCAUCCCAUCAUCUUCAUCAUUCCAAGAGGGCAGGAAACAGAAAAGCAGUUCGUGUGAUAUACAAAUGUGUCUUGGCUCUUUGCCCUAAAAUGACCAUUUAUCUGGGAUACGGAGAUCCAUUAUAAAUUCCCUCAGGGGCCUGAAGGUGUUAUUGGUGCCUGUAAUCCAGGGAAGUGUGUGCCUAAAUGUGACAGAAAGAAUAAAGAGGCUCAGGGGUGGGGCCGGAGAGAUGGCUCAGGUUCAGAGCACUGGCUGUUCUUCCGGAGGUCCUGAGUUCAAUUCUCAGAAACCACAUGGUGGCUCAGAGCCAUCUAUAGUGGGAUCUGAUGCCCUCUUCUGGCAUAAAGUCAAUAGAGCACUCAUAUGCAUAAAAUAAAUAAAAAAAUCUUGAAAAGAGGCUCAGGGGUAACCAAAUCCACCUAGAAAAUAGCUGGAGCUGGAAUGACAUAUUUAGGGAGCUGAGCUACCGCUAUAAACUGUGUGCAUCACUUGUGCUUAGAGAGAAUGACAUGUAAGUAAAGCCCCAAACAUCAGUGAACCAAACAAGAGAGAAAUCCAUUUCCUUUUUAUAUAGACGUCUGUAGGUGGACCGUCCCAGGACCCUGUGAUGUCAUCUGGAGUUCUCUGGAUGAUGGAAUGUGGUCCUCAGGGCUCGUAUCUUCAGUUUCCGAUUUCCAAAUGCUGACAACAUCUCCAGCGGUACAUCUACAUCAUAGCAGUGUUCCUGGAAAACACAGAAGAAGCAAAGGAGGGCACAAAGCCCCCGUCAAUAUUUAUUAUAUCUCAUUGACCACACUAUAGUCAUAUAGCCUCACCAUCCAAAGAUACUGGGAAAUGUAGUCUUUUAUCUGGGUAGCUAUAUUCCUAGAUGAUAUUGGGGUUAUGUGGUUUUGUGGGAACAGGGAGAAUAGCUUUUUGGCUGGUGGGUAGGAGUCUACAUCUUAUGAUAGGUACUUAGAUGAUUCAGAGUUCCAAACUACUAGUGCAGUUUUAUUUAUUUAUUUGUUUAUUCAUUAUUUUGGCCCUAGUCUUACACAGAGGAUUUAAAGAUAGAUAUGAGCUGCAUACACUAUGCAUAUGCCUUAGAUAGUAGCAUCUCAUGUACUUGGCAACUUAACUUUUGCCAUGUGAUUUCAGGUUUCUUUAGAAAGCCCAUUAGAUAGAAGCAUACAGUCAUAUAAUCACAGUAUAAUUCUUCCUGGGAAGGAAGGGGGAACAGGGAUUGACAGUAUUUAAUCUAUAAACUAUAGAGACGGAGGGGGAGGGGAAUCUGCCGAACACUAACCCAGCAGGGAUCAGUAGCUUAAAACACAAACCAUGUUUAGCUUGUACUCUGAUCCAACCCAGGAGCCUUACUCACUCGAUCUUUCCAGCAUGAAGCUCCUCUGGCAGAACUAGGAAUAACACAACAAAUCCAUCCAGGUGAAAAGAUUCUGGAUGGAAGAAAGAACAAGUUCAUUCUUAAGAGUGUACUGGCUUCAAAAUGUCAAGUCCUAAGAGGUCAGCGAGUUCUGGAGUUUGGGUUCUUACAAGAAGGGGUGAUGUUCAUUUUUCGUUGUCUCAGAAAGAAGUGCUUUGAAAACCUGCCAUGAACUGAACUAGAGGGGUUGAUCAAACUCCCCCAACUGCCACCCAGGGACAUUCAUUUAAUGUAUGGUGCUGAACUCCACUUUCAGAGAAUUAAAAAACAAUCCUGUUAUUAGCUUGAUCAGAAGAAAAGGAAAAUGUGUCCAGUAUUUUUGAGAAUAGCUGUGGUG